CUCCCAACACCCCAUAAAUUCCACGCGUCGCGCGCUCCCAUCCUCCAUUGUCUUUGUGGACUCGUAGCGGCACAGCCACACGGUAUACUAGCACGCGCCAUGGAGGAGCAACUAGUGCAGCUGCUGUCCGCCACACAAUCAUCCUCAGAAAGACCCCGCAAGUCUGCAGAGACCCAGCUGUUGUCCCUCUACGGCCACCCCGAAUUCCCUCUGGGCCUCAUCAAGAUCGCCUCUCACGACUCCGUCCCCCUCGACAUUCGGCAAGCCGCGCUGCUCUACCUAAAGACAUUUGUCCUCGCCGCCUGGUCACCACAAUUCGACGAGUUCAAGGGUCAGAUCCUGGUUCGAGAUGAAGAGAAGGGCCAGGUGCGGACCGCGUUGCUCGAGCUGGCGACGAGCGAUCGGGAGGAUAGAAAAGUGAAGUCGGCGGCCAGCUAUGUCGUCAGCAAGAUUGCCAAUGCCGAUUUCCCCGAGCAGUGGCCGGACCUGCUGCCGAAGCUGUUACAUCUAAUUCCCACUGGGACCGACGGACAAAUACACGGGGCACUGAAGGUCUUAGACGGGCUCGUUGAUGAUUGCUUCAACGAGGAGCAGUUCUUCAGCGUGGCAAGAGACUUGAUAAAGGUCGUGUUUGACGUAGCCGUCAACGAUGCGCGCAAACCUGCGCUGAGGGCGUUGUCAGUUUCUGUCUUCAAAGGCUGUUUUGAUAUCCUAGAGAUGGUCAUGGAGGACCACAAGGUCAUGGUCAAGGCAUUCGCCGAUGAGGCCCUGGCAGGGUGGCUUCCUUUUUUCGUCGAGGUCAUGAAGUCAAGGCUGCCUCCCCCGCCAUCCGAGGAGGACGAGAAUCAAGACAAUGGAACUGCAGAGACUUAUAGAGGCCUCGUCUCGCUCAAGAUGCAGGUUGUCAAGGUUCUCAUGAGAAUACGAUCCGUCUUCGCCUCCACGCUAUCUCCGCAUACCCCGACCCUAUUUUCUGCAACAUGGGAAGAGCUAUCAUCGCUUCAAGCUGCCUAUCACGAGAUGUACAUAGAAGGGGAGCGGCAAAGCCGACUGGAAGAUGCCGACGGCCUACCGUACACGCUGGACUUUCUCGUACUGGAAGAGCUCGACUUCAUGCAGGCCUGUCUGCGGGCUCCGCCCGUUCGAUCGGAGCUAGAAAAGCAGCUGCAGUCAGCGCAAAACACCGAAGGAACUUGGGUCACUGAAGUCAUGAAACUCGCUGUAGCGUAUGCUCAGAUUACGACUGAAGAGGAGGGGUUAUGGAACGUGGAUGUCAAUAUUUUCCUAUCUGAGGAGACGAGUGUCACGGCGAAUUACACUCCGAGAACUGCGUGUGGAGACCUAGUUAUUAAGCUCGGCGAAUGGCUGAAUACUGCUACGGUUGAAGGUCUCCUCUCCUACACUCGGACCUUAUAUUCGACUACGGAGAGUUGGAAAGCUAAAGAAGCGGUCCUUUUCGUCCUCAACCAGCUUCUGUGCGACUUUCAAGACGUCGACAAGCAGAUUGCUCCGGAAGCUGCCAAUGGUUUCAUUGAUUUUAUCCGUUACGCAAUGCAACAGCCUGAUGAUUUCCUGAGGGCACGAGGCUACUUGGUGGCUGGUAGUCUGACAAGAACUUCUGGCGAUGGCCUCCAUCAAGUCUCAACUUCAUUCCUGGAGGCUUCGCUCCAUGCCAUUACGAAUGACGAGUCAGAUGUUGUUCAGGUGUCUUGCAUCCGAGCCCUGCAGUUCUAUCUCCAGGCUAUUCCGCCAGCCAUCACGCUACCUUUACAGAAUAAUAUAAUCGCAGCGCUGUCGACAUAUCUUCAAAGCCAAGACAUACAGGAACUGGCCGAAUGCGACGAUCUGAUGGUUACGUUCGUUGAAACUCUACGAGAUGCAAUCUUGCUCGAUACCAGUGUUUGUCUCACUGGUGGUGGCUUGGAUCUUCUCUUCAGCAUCGCGAGUCACGGCGCGGGCAACUUCCAGCUAGUCAUGCUCGUGAACGAGACUUUUGAGGAGGUGACAGGGACGAUUUCGGCUACUGGAACCGAGGCCUAUGUAAAGUUGUGUGAGAAGGUCCUGCCAUCACUCACGGGAGCUUUCGAUAUUGGUAGCCUGACCGAGGAGAAUGCUCUAACAAAUCUGGCUGCCGAGCUUCUUGCCGUUCUUGCGGAACAUGGGUCUACACCUCUACCUCAAGGCUUUGUCCAGGCCACCAUGCCCAAGCUCAACCGCCUAUUACUCGGCUCACACGACGAGGAACUACUCAAGGCCGCUACCACUGCCGUGAAGAAUAUCAUCAUGCACGAUCACACACAGCUCUUUGCGUGGCACGAAGAAAGCGGCAAAGGAGGCCUAGAAGCCGUUCUCGUCAUUAUCGAUCGCCUUCUUUCCCCGACAGUUGACGACAACGCAGCCUCUGAGGUUGGUGCUCUGGCAGCCGAGCUUGUCGAAAAGGCCGGGAGUGAAUUGUUAGGACCGUAUCUACCUCAACUGCUAACCGCGGUGGCUGUCCGAUUGGGCAGUGCUUCGCAAGCACAAUUCAUCCAAAGCUUGACUCUCGUUUUUGCGAGGCUGAGUCUCAUCAACGCGAAGGAGGUCAUCGACUUCUUGGCUCAGAUGCAGGUUAAUGGUGAAAAUGGUCUUCAGCUCGUACUCUCGAAGUGGUUGGAGAACUCUAUCAAUUUUGCUGGAUAUGAUGAGAUUCGACAGAACGUCGUCGCCCUCUCCAAAGUCUACGACCUCCAGGAUCCGCGGCUAGAGCAGAUCCAAGUAAAAGGUAAUCUAAUAGUUCCACAGAGCGACCGUAUCAUGACUCGGUCGCGCGCACGCACAAGUAAGGAGCCCCCUCCUCAUCGCGAUCGAAUGCGUUUGAGAACCCGGCCAGUGUCUCAGAGGAUGGUGGAGCCGGAGUGGUCGGACUCGGAAGAUGAGGAUGACUUUCCACCGGAUCAGUACACCUACAUCCCCGCCUCCCUCAAGAUCCUCAAAGUCCUUGUCAGCGAACUCCUCGCCGCCGCAGGCAGCUCCCUCGAAGCCGCCGCGGCUGCCGCCGACCUAGCCGACGACGCCUCUGACGACGGAUCCUGGGAGGACGACCCGAACCCGCUGCUUGAUCUCGGCACCGGAAUGACCAAGGAACAGCUCAUGGCGUUUGCGAACGAGAGCGUUGGAAAUGGCUUUGGGCCUGCGAGCCGCCAGCGCGACGACGAGACGCAGUCGUACUUGGUGGGCUGGUUCCAAGCUGCGGCGGGUAGGCCGGGCUUCGAGGCCGAGUUUGCGCGACUCGAUUCCGAUGAGCAGGAGAAGUUGAGGAGUAUGAGCUCUAACUAGGCGAGGUCGAGAAGUGGUGGGAUCAGACAGGCGAGGUUACAUUGGGGUAUAGUAUAACGGGCAGCAGGUUUUGGGUAGAUGAACGAUGGGAUGGUGUGGUGCUGGCGGCGGGUGA